GCGAGCUUCGGCCUCCUCCAAGAUGGUCUCCUGGCACUCCUCCCCUCCCCUCUCCGCACAUGCGCAGUUCUUAAAGCGGGCCGAGGCUGCUCCCUCCUUCGCUCCUUUUCCCUCCCUACUCCUCCUCCCUUCUUGGCGGCCGGGGCGCCACUGACAAGACCGGGGCGGAAAAAAAGGGCGGUUGCUGCUGCCGACGACGAAGGAGGAGGAGGACGACGACGACCAUUACCGCCGGUUGACGAAGAAACACCGCUGCUAAACCACUCCGUCCACCCGACCCACCUCCGUGUAGCUUCCUCCAUCUUCUUUCUCCACAAGCCGGCAAAAAAAAGGAAAAAAAGGGAGGGGGCGAGACCCCUUUCUCUGUCGAGGCCGGCUUCCUAUUCUUUCACCUCACGGGAGAGAGAGAGAGGGACAAACACCGGGGGAAACCAACCACAGCAACAACCUCGCGCGCGCCUAUACAACACACUCUGUCUCACACGCACGCACAACCUACGCCGGUGAAUGGUGGGAGCGGCCUCGGAGGCUCGGAUGGAAUGAAUCUUCCUUGUUGAAUGCAUCCUGUCUGCUUGCUGGAGUUUACUUGUGGAGACACUCUGUCCUUUGGGUUGGAGCCACUUUGUGGCAGACUGAAUUGUGGAUCCCCAAAUCCUAAGCUGCUUGAAGAGGAGGAGACAGCUGAGUCACGUUAACCUGACAUCACAGCCACAAUGGUGCUGUCACAGAGGCAACGAGAUGAACUAAAUCGAGCGAUAGCAGAUUACCUUCGUUCUAAUGGCUAUGAAGAGGCAUACUCUGUUUUUAAAAAGGAAGCAGAGCUUGAUGUGAAUGAAGAGUUAGAUAAGAAAUAUGCUGGGCUCUUGGAAAAAAAGUGGACAUCAGUUAUAAGAUUACAAAAGAAGGUUAUGGAAUUGGAAUCCAAACUAAAUGAAGCUAAGGAAGAAUUUACAUCAGGUGGGCCACUUGGUCAGAAGCGAGAUCCUAAAGAAUGGAUCCCUCGUCCUCCAGAAAAGUAUGCAUUGAGUGGACACAGGAGUCCUGUUACAAGAGUCAUUUUCCAUCCAGUUUUCAGUGUUAUGGUCUCUGCUUCAGAGGAUGCUACAAUAAAGGUAUGGGAUUAUGAGACAGGUGAUUUUGAACGAACCCUGAAGGGCCACACAGACUCUGUGCAGGAUAUUUCCUUCGACCACAGCGGCAAGUUAUUGACCUCCUGCUCUGCAGAUAUGACAAUUAAGCUGUGGGAUUUCCAGAGCUUCGAGUGCAUCAGAACCAUGCAUGGUCAUGAUCAUAAUGUUUCUUCAGUAGCCAUCAUGCCCAAUGGGGAUCAUAUAGUCUCUGCCUCGAGGGAUAAAACCAUCAAAAUGUGGGAAGUCCAAACAGGCUACUGUGUGAAGACAUUCACAGGGCAUAGAGAAUGGGUCCGUAUGGUACGGCCUAACCAGGAUGGCACGCUUAUUGCCAGUUGUUCUAAUGACCAGACGGUGCGUGUUUGGGUGGUAGCAACAAAGGAAUGCAAAGCUGAGCUCAGAGAACAUGAGCAUGUGGUGGAGUGCAUCUCUUGGGCUCCUGAAAGCUCCUAUUCCACCAUCUCGGAAGCUACAGGAUCUGAGACUAAGAAGAGUGGCAAGCCUGGGCCUUUCUUGCUGUCUGGAUCUAGAGACAAGACCAUUAAGAUGUGGGACAUUAGUACUGGCAUGUGCCUUAUGACACUUGUGGGCCAUGAUAACUGGGUACGUGGCGUCCUUUUUCAUUCUGGGGGAAAAUUUAUUUUGAGCUGUGCUGAUGACAAAACCUUGCGUGUCUGGGACUACAAGAACAAAAGAUGCAUGAAGACCCUCAAUGCGCAUGAACACUUUGUUACCUCGUUGGAUUUCCAUAAGACAGCGCCCUAUGUGGUUACUGGCAGCGUAGAUCAAACAGUAAAGGUGUGGGAGUGCCGUUGAUUGAAUUAACAUCUGAUCCACCCACCUCUUUUUCCCUCCCCCUCUGGAUGCACUUGGAUACCAUGGUUACCCAUUGAGCUCUGUUUAAAAUAAAUAUUGUCCUUUCAUGUAAAUUAUUCUGGAUGUAGAUUGAGCUUAUUAAAUGUUACACACAAAGUA